AUGUAUCUUAAGCUGCUGGCGCUGCUGGGCCGCGGAGGCGCGUUCUACCUCGAGGUCCGCGAGCUGGAGGAGAAGUGCUUCAUCCAGGAGAUCCCCGAUGGCACUGUGGUCAUAGGUAACUACAAGACCGAGCUGUAUGACCCUGCUAUGGAAAAGUACCAGCCCUCCCCGCAGUGGAUCAAUUUAUUUGUGUUUGUGAAGGACCCGGAGAACAAGAACCUUCUGGCCCGUCAGUAUGGUCCUCAGGGCAGCUUCACCUUCACCUCCCAGUCUCCUGGCGAGCAUCAGAUCUGCCUUCACCUGGAGUCCAUCCGGUUCGCUCUCUUCUAUGACGGCAAGCUGGCCAUCCACUUGGACAUGCAGUUGGGUGAACACACCAAUGAUUAUACGGAAAUUGCAGCCAACGACAAGCUGACCCUGCUGCAUCUGCGCGUGCAGCAGCUGGUGGAGCAGGUGGAACAGAUCCAGAAGGAGCAGGAGUACCAGAGGUGGCGAGAGGAGCGCUUCCGGCAGACCAGCGAGAGCACCAACCAGCGGGUGCUGUGGUGGUCCAUUCUGCAGACCUUCAUCCUUGUGGCCAUCGGCAUCUGGCAGAUGCAGCACCUCAAGAGCUUCUUUAAAGCUAAGAAGCUGGUGUAG